AUGGAGCCUCUCCCUCUCCCCUACCUCCUCUGCUCCCUCCUCAUUCUCCUCCACACCCCCACAUCCAAAUCCCAGCCCAUCUAUGUCAACUGCCCCACCGAAGCGAACUACACGGCGAACAGCACCUUCCAGUCGAACCUCAACCUCCUCCUGUCUUCCCUUCCCUCCGCCGCCGCCCCGUCCGGCUUCUACAACACCACGGUCGGUCGAAAUGGUGCCGACCAAGUCUACGGCCUUGCGUUAUGCCGCGGCGACGUCUCCUCUGCCGACUGCAACGCCUGCUUGACUACCGCCGCACAAGACGCUGUCGCAAAGUGCCCGCGCGGCAUGUCGAACACCCUAUGGUACGACAACUGCAUGCUGCGCUACUCCAACAAUAGCUUCUUUGGCAUCGCCGACAGCUCGUUCUGGGAAUACAUGUGGGACGGGCAGAACGUCACGGAUCCGCAGCAGUUCGAUGACCAGCUCGGGCAGCUGAUGAAUAACUUGGCCACGAAAGCGGCCUACGGGUUGGGGCGGCCACCGUUAUUCGCGGUGGGGGAGGUAAAAUUUACGAGCUUUAAUAACAUAUAUGGGCUGGCGCAGUGCACGUGGGAUCUGUCGCCGGCCGACUGCUAUGAGUGUUUGAUGACCAACAUCGGGAGAAUCCCUCAGUGCUGCAGCACGAAGAUGGGCGGGAGGAUUUUCGGAAAGAAUUGUGUCGUCCAAUUUGAGUCGGCUCCGUUUUAUAAAUUGGCGGCGCCGCCUACUCCGCAAUCAAAUGGGACGAGCACGGUGACGCCGCCACGGCCGGCAGGGUCGGUUCAGAAUACGGGCAAGGGCGGCAGUCAAACGAGGGGUAAGGAUACCGGAGGUAAGUCAAAGUCUCUUUCCCUCGUUGACUCUCCCCACUGUGGGAUUUGCUAUUGGGGGGUCGUAGGAAAUUCCAAUUGA